AACUUUCCCUUUCCUGAUUUUUUGUGCCCGCUCUGCACAAACGCCGCUUUCUUCCGUUUUCCAUGUCAUUUCCUGUAAUAAAAACAUGGUGGUCAUAGCAGAGAGAAGCAGCUGACUGCGUUACAAAUAUUUGGAGAUGAUAAACUUUGCGUCGCCCUGGACUACUGAAAUCCCCCCGCGCCGCUGCGUCACCACGGUGUUUCUCAAAGCGGCCGACAGCGAGAGGCGCUGCGCCUGACGACCACCAAAGACCCCCGACGCACUGCGUAUAAUCUUCAGACGAUGUUGAAGUGAAACUGGACGCACAGGAGUCUCUCCUUCCUUCCUGCCUACAUCAUGGCAGAUUCUUCCUCAGUUCAAUCCCAGGCAUCCAUGGAAGUUGACUGCAGCUCCAGUACUCCAAAUGACCAGUCUUCAGAGGAGCCCAACAAAAAACUAAAAGUUGACCAUGAUAGUUGUGCCAGUUUAUGGUUCUGUGAGGAAUGCAAGGAGUAUUUUACGGAGCGGUGCCCUACCCAUGGUCCUCCUGUGUUUGUGACAGACACCCCUGUGACAUCAGGGGUGCCCAACCGGGCAGCUCUCACGGUACCCUCGGGCAUCAGUGUUCUCCGAGAGAGGAAUACAGUGGAUGUCUGUUGUGUGGAUGAAAACAUACCAAAGGGGGCGCUGUUUGGUCCUUAUCAAGGCCAACUGAUGGCGUCAGAUAAACCUUCUGGGCCAUAUUCUUGGAUGAUUGUUGAUGAGAACAACAAAUACAAAUUUAUUGAUGGAAGUGAUGAAACUACAGCAAACUGGAUGAGGUUCGUUCGGAUUUCUUCAGAUGAGAAUGAAAGGAACCUGAGUGCGUUUCAGCAUGGCGAGCACAUCUACUUCCGGGUGUGUCGGAAACCAAAAGUGGGCGAGAAACUUUGUGUGUGGUACAGCAGUGAAUACAUGAGGCGUCUGCAGAGUGUGUCACAGGACAGCAUUGACCGCAACCUGGACACAGGCAUGAAAUUGGAAGAGCAACAUCAAGAGGAGCCGAAAGGUCCGGUGCUGAGAUCUGCUCUUCAUGGUAGAAGGACCCUCAGUAAACAUGGAAGCGAUGAGGGAGAAAACCAACCCCAGGCCAAGAAAAAGAAGAUUGACCUGAUUUUCAAAGAUGUUGUUGAAGCAUCUUUAGAGGCCGGUCAAAGUCAGAACAACCCACUCAACAGCACCUUGGCUUUUCCAAGAUCAAGAACAAACGUCUGCCAGGUUUUCAGCCCAUCUGAUGCAGAUUGCAAAGAGUCUGUCCUCGCCUCUGGAUUGGCUUCCAUGGAACACAUUGAGAGCAGCUUCGAUACAAAAUGUAUCAAAACGGAAGAAACAGAAGAAGAGGUGUCCCCACCCGAUGAAGGACCUUCAACAUCUUUUUGUCCAAACUGUGUGAGGCUAAAAAGACGAAUCCGUGAGCUGGAGGCCGAGUUGCUCCGUCUCAGAGGACCGGGGCAGGGUGAAGUUAUGCCUCCAUCUGAGCUCAUGCCCAAUGAAGACAUCAAAGAAUCUAUCACACCUAUGAUACCAGAAGAGGAUGACCAGGAUGUUGAUUCAGCAGAUGAAUCCAUUUCUGCCGACCUCAUUGUGGCUACAGACGAGUCUUCGAAGCUAACAGUGGGCUCGGGUCGUCGGAUCCGCCGCUUCAAACAGGAAUGGCUAAAGAAGUUCUGGUUUCUCCGUUAUUCGCCAACGCUCAACGAAAUGUGGUGCCAUGUUUGCCGACAAUACACCGUCCAGUCCUCCCGCACCUCAGCUUUUAUCAUCGGUUCUAAGCAAUUCAAGAUCCACACCAUUAAACUGCAUAGCCAAAGCAAUCUGCACAAGAAGUGUUUGCAGCUUUACAAGCUCCGCAUGCACCCGGAGAAGACCGAGGAGAUGUGCCGUAACAUGAUGACACUCUUCAACGCAGCCUACCAUCUGGCUUUGGAAGGUAGGCCUUUUUCUGAUCUGCGACCCUUGACGGAGCUCCUAAAAAAGUGUGAACUGAAAGUGGUGGAUCAGUACAUGAACGAAAACGACUGUCAGAUUCUCAUCCAACACAUCGCUCGAGCCUUCAAAGAAGAUUUGGCGGAGAAGAUCCGGCUUUCACCGUUUCUAAGCAUCAUCAUGGACGGCCAUAAUGAUGAUCUCCUGGUUGACACUGUCGCCGUUUAUGUACAGUUUACUACCACCGAUGGGCUUCCUGCCACUGAAUUCCUCUCCUUACAGAGACUUUGUGUAGGCAAUGUGGAAGGCUAUCUUCAGGCGGUGGAUCGUGCCUUUGGUGGCCUGGGUCUGAGACUGCAAGACAUGCUUGUGGUGGGUUUGGGAAUCGAUGGUUCCAAUAUGCCCUCAAGCCUGAGGGCAAAUCUUUACAUAGGCAUACGAAAGACAAUCCCUUGGGUGUUGUGUCUGCCUAUGAUGAUCCAUCGUCCUCAUUUAGAGGUACUGGAUGCCAUUAGUGGGAAGGAACUUUCGUGCCUGGAUGAUUUGGAGAACAAUUUGAAGCAGCUGCUUAGCUUCUACCGGUAUUCUCCACGUAUGAUGGCUGAGCUAAGGUCAACAGCACCGAAUCUGUCUGAAGAAACAGAGUUUCUUGGGGAUAUAAGAGCUGUUCGUUGGAUCAUAGGGGAGCCUAACGUUCUCAAUGCCCUUAUUAAGGAUUACCUUGAGGUAGUUGCUCACUUGAAGAGCAUAAGCAACCAGACCCAAAGGGGUGAUGCUUCUGCAAUUGCACUGUCUCUCCUACAGUUCCUGUUGGACUACCAGUCUGUGAAGCUCAUUUAUUUUCUGUUGGACAUCAUUGCUAUCUUUUCACGACUCUCAUUCAUCUUCCAAGGUGACUAUUUGUUAGUGUCACAGGUGGAUGCAAAAAUUGAAGAUGCCAUUCAUGAGAUCGGUCAGUUGGUGGACUCUCCUGGAGAGUACCUACAGGAAUUUGAAGACAACUUUCGUGAGAGUUUCAACGGCGUAGACCUCAAGAACCUACGUGUUGCCGAGUCCAAGUUCCAGUCUAUUCGAGAUAAGAUCUGCCAGAGGAGUCAAGGCAUCCUCGCCCAAAGGUUCGAUCCACGCAGUCGUACAGUCAUACAGGCGUGUCAAGUCCUCGACCUUGCCUCGUGGCCUCUUAACAGGGAUAAUCUUGGUGCAUACGGAGAGGAUGAGAUUCUUCUUAUUUUUGACCACCUGGAGACUAUUCGCUCAUCCGGUCGUGAGCUCUUGCAAGAAAGAGUGGAUGCCAGAGGAAGUCUAGUAGUCGAAUGGAGAGAUUUAAAAGCUGAUUAUUGUAGUGUGAAUGGUUUUAAAGAGGUAGUGAGCCACAUCUGCAGAUACAAGCAGCGUUUUCCUCUUCUCAAUCACAUCCUGCAGGUUGUCAGGGUGUUGCCAACAUCAACAGUAUGCUGUGAUAAGGGAAGAGGGUUCUUACAGAAAAUCCACCGAAAUUGUCGUUCCAGACUGACUGUGGAUCAGACGAACGAUCUGCUCAUCUUGGCCGUUAAUGGCCCACCCAUCGGGAGCUUUGACGGGAAGCGUGCAUUGGACAGCUGGUUUGAGGAGAAAUCCGGCAACAGCUAUUCACUCUCGGCAGAGGUGCUGAGCAGAAUGUCCAACGCCGAGCAAAAGUCUGUGUUGCACAAUAUGGAUAUGAAUGCAGAGUUUUAUCCCGACUGAUCAGAGCCAAUUCCUCAGCCAAAAUAAUUCCCCCAAAAAGCCAUCUCAUUGGAAAAUGGCUGAUCGGGACUUUAAUGUGAUUGGCCAAGUUCUUUGACAUUGGCCCUGCUGCUAAAAUGGCCUGGUUCAGCGUUUUCUCUAAGAUGUAUGAAUGCCUUGCAGGUCACAGGCACAUGAAAUACUUCAGAAUGUUCACAUAAAUGGUUGUGAUGUGUUGAUAUGUUCAGUGUUUUUGUUUUGUCGUUGAGUAAAUUUUCGACUGGGUGUUUAUAUAACAACUCUUCAUCAUUUUAUUAGGCAUUAGUCACUUUCGCAAAUUAAAUCCGUUAAAUUGCGGCAAAUGUUUGUACCACAUAUGCUAAUUACACAGACACAGGUGGCGGCUUUCCAAUAUUUUAUUCGUAUUGCUACUAUUCGCACAUAACUGCCGAAAUUCCUUUUUUUUAUUUGCUUGGAAUUACCUUUCAUUGUCAAUGUCACACUUGCUCUCCAAUUUCUUCAAAAACAUCACUAGUGUUAAUUUUUGCAGAAAAGAAUGUAUGAAAGUAAGUAGUGAUUAGUGAUCAAUACUUGCAUACCAUUUUAUUAUUCCACCUGCAAUAUAAAUAAGCAAUCUCUCUCUGUAUUGGUCGUAUUCUGUACUGUUGACUGUGUAUGAAAAUUAAAUAACAAACAGCACUACAUUUUUAUAGCAUGCCAUGUUGUGUAUGCCAUUAAUCUCAUUUGUAAUGAAAAUAGCCACUAUUUUGCCAUGCAGUAUAUUCCUACCAUGUAGCAGACAUGCUGUCCAAGACAGCAGAUGAUCAGCACUGGAGUCAUCUGCUGUCUGGGGGUAUAUUUUUAUUGCUUUAGUUUUUCUUUAGUUAAUCAUUACUCUUACGAUUUUGUGUAAAUUUGAAACUAUGUGGAUGUGCCAUUAUUUUUUAUGCGAUUCGGCACCUAUAAUGUGCAGUUUACAACCAAUAUAUAAAGCUCAUUUAAAGGUUUCAAAUAUAUAAAUAUGCAAGGUUUGAUUGCCUUACAGCCAUUAAAAAAUAUAUUUCUUUGUUAUAAAUGUUUUGCGUUGUGAUUGUCUGGUUUUACAUUUUAUGUACAGUACAGCCACUGGUGUACACCUGCGCACCCUAUGCCAAAUAUAUAUAUUGUUAAACCUACAACCUUUUUACUUUGCAUAGAAUUACAAUACUAUUGGUUAUUAUGUAAAUAUAAGUACACACACAUGCAUAUAUAAUUCUAAGAAAAAAAUUAUU